AUGAAUGCUUUUGUAGAUGUAACAGCUAAGAUAAAACCGCCUGUGAACUCGUCAGUGAACUGCGGUGCUGUUCUGGAGGAUUCCGAAGGAGCCAUUGCGUCGCCAAACCAUCCCUUCUACUACGGCCAAGACAAGAGCUGCUGGUGGAAGAUUUUGCCUCCUCCGGGAAAGCACGUCUGGCUCAGCUUCAUUAUUUUCGACCUGGCUCAGCGGGAGGCCUCCUCCAGAGCUGGACAAUGCCAGGACCAGCUACUCCUCUACCCAGGGCACAGCGCAAAGAGCAACUGUUCCGACUCCAUUCUGUCUCCGAACGGCCACACUUUUCCUAAGGAAAUCAUCUCCAACGGACCCAUGGAGAUCCACCUCAAGACCUGCUUUCGUUACUCCCUGAGCAGAUUCAGCGGCUUCUAUGCCACCUACAAA